ACAUAUACGGCUCUGGGCCGCAUCAGUCAGUUAGGCGAAGCAUCAGUCCAUCCAUCCAUUCGUCCAUUCAUCCAAAAUGGCCGGCAUUGGCAUGUUUGAAAGCUAAAGCAGCUGAAGGACGAAGCUUGGAGUUUUUAAAAUACUAGACUGACGACGCAAAUUGUGCCGACUCUAAACCCUUUACGGGAAUCGUAAAGACCUUCUACUUUGUCGUGAACAUCGAGCAGCUCAAGUUACGGCCUGACCCAGAAAAUCAUCGUUCAUGAUGCAGAACAAGAUAGCCCCAAUGGAGGAGUCCCCCCGCCCCAUCGGCGUCUUCUGGGACAUAGAGAACUGCCAGGUGCCCCGGGGCAAGUCGGCCAUGGCCCUGGUCUGCCACAUCCGGGAGCAAUUCUUCCAACGCUGCCUGGAGGCCGAGUUCAUGUGUGUCUGUGACAUACGCAAGGAAAGUGCCGAGGUGAUCCAGGAACUGAACCUGGCGCAGUUGACCGUGGUGCAUGUCAACGCUGUGGGCAAGAAUGCAGCCGAUGACAAGCUGAAGCAGUGCAUGCGGCGCUUCGUCGACAUCCACGGCAGUUUAGCCGUUCUGGUCCUUAUCUCGGGGGACGUGAACUUCUCGACGAUGCUCUCCGACUUCCGCCACCGCAAGCAGGUGCACAUCAUCCUCGUGUGCCGGGGCUCUGCACCGGAAGCGUUGAUGGCCUGCGCCAACGAGUGGCACGACUUUGCACAGAUCGCCGCCGCCGUCCCCUUUAGGACACCACAGUCCAAGGGUGGGAGCCAGUGCUGCGACCUGAUGGUGCGCAACCUGCCACUGGACAAGGAGCCCUCCCUGGUGCACAGCCGGCUGCGCCAGCUGUCGGACAACUGCGGGGGACGCGUGCUCUCCAUCGUGGGAGAGUCGGCACGCCUCAGGUUCUCCACCCCGGACGACACUCGCAGGGCGUGCAAGCGGAUGGACGGGGAGGACGUGUUUGGUCGCAAGAUAGCCGUGCAGCUGCCGGAGUCUCGUCAGGCCUGGAAGUGGCGGGGCCGCCGGCUGGACCGGGCGGCGGCCGUGCGCAGCAGCAGCAGCAACAGCAGCAGCAGCCGCAGCCCCGAGUCCUCCUGCGCCGAGGCCGACAGCCAGCGCUCCGCCCACCAAGGCCUGAGCCGGGGCUUGGCUGACCGGCUGCUGGGGCCCCUGUGCUUUGACCCCACUCCACAGCAUGGACUGGCACGGCCCGAAUGUCGUGUGGACGUCGCCAGCGCAACUCCGCGCUUCCGCAGCCCCACCACCAGUCGGGUGCCAGGAGGGGCCGUCCUGUCGCCCCUGCGGCCCCCGUCCUUGGAGCUCCGUCCGAGCACCUCGGUGUGGCGCCAACUGCACUUCUCCCCUCCGCUCCCCCGAGUUGCUCCCCCUCCCGCGAUGCCGGCCCCCCGGGCGCUGCUGCCGACGCCGCACCCGUUGCACCAAAUCGGGGCGGUGGGCGUGGAGCGCAAGAUGGCCGCCAGGACGGACGCCGCCUUCUCGGUGCCUUCGGUGGAGGUGGAGGUCACCAACCUGGACCCCAAGGUCGAGACGGACGAGCUCGAGAAGAUCCUGCUGGCGCUCUUUCAGGAGCACGUCCCGGUGCUGCGCAUCUCGUUGGCCGUGCAGCCGGACGGGACCCUGAAGGCCCUGGUGCGGGUUCCCUCGUCCCGCGACGCCCACCACGUGGUGGCACGCCUGCACCACCACCGUCUGGGAGAGCGCUGCCUGCGGGUGGCCUUUGGCACACCCCAGGUGCAGUCCGUUCCGGUCGCCCAGGCUCUCGAGAGGCCUUACUGCGAGGUGCACGACCUGCGGCUGGGGCCCUCCCCGACGCAAGGGGAGCAGCAGUGGGCACUCUGGACGGCCAUGCCCGGUCCGCUCCCGGAGGUGUGCCUUCCCCUGGACACGCUGGCCACCCGUGUGGAGCGCCUCCUCGACAGCCACGCCGGGUCUCUGCCCCUCGACAGCUUCCGGGCGUGCCACGAGGCGGAGUUUGGGCUGCUGCCCCAGGAACCGGAUCUGGAGCCCUGGCAGGCAGGCAAAGUGCCCCUGGAGCAGCUGGUGGCUUCCCUGCCUGGCAUCGAGGUCCUCACCUCCCCCCUGGGCUUCAAGAAGGCCGUACGGACGGGCAGGAGUACCCCCUCCCAAGUGACGCCGUCUGCUCGGCUGGAGCAAUUUUCCCGGGAGGUGAGGGAGCUGCUGAGCCUCCAGCCUCGCUGCAGCGUGUCCCUGCACCGCUUCGUCCCUACGUACCACAAGCACUUUGGGCGGCAGUGCCGCCUGGCCGAUUACGGGCACACGAAGCUCCUGGACCUGCUGUGCGCCGUGUCCCACGUCGUCAAGAUCCUGGGCCAGGGCCACACCAGGGUGCUGACCCUGAGCCAGCCGGUGCAGCUCCAGCGCUUUGCGGCCGACCUCCUCCAAGUGCUCAGGGCUCAGCGGAGGGGUAGGCUCAUGGCGGCUUCGCGACUACCGUGCGCCUUCCAGGACGUGCACCAGAGGGCGCUGGAGGUGGCCGACUACGGGGCCUGCACGCUGGGGGACCUGCUGUCCAGGGUUCCCCCUUCAGUGGUCACGGUGGAGAGCAGGAACGGCGAGACGUUUCUCUGUAUUCCAGAAAAAGGCGCUGAGAGCGUCUCCCGUUUGGGCGCAGCAGAGCAGACGGCAGAAGAGGCGGAGCUGGUGUGGCAGUUUGCGCUGGAGGCGGUGGAGCUGCUCUCGCAGGGCCCCGAGUCUGGCAUGCUCCUGGCCAAGUUCAACCCGGCCUACCAGCAGCACUUUGACCGCAAGCUGCGCGUCUCUCGCUACGGGUUCAACAAGCUCAUCCAGCUGCUGCAGGCCAUUCCGGACUUGGUGGAGGUGUACGGUGUCGGAGACCACAAGAUGGUGCGGCUGGUCCCACGGCGGCGAGCCUCUGCCGGCGCCGCACCGCCAGGUGGACGCAGCGUCGGGAAGUCUCCGCAGCAGUGCCCGCGGUCGUCGCCUCCUCGUAAGGAAGGUCGGGAGGAGGUGGAGAUGAGCCCCCCGGCGAGGGAGUUUGGCGAGCUGCGCCGCCUGGUGUCCCUGCUCAUGGAACAGCCCGGAGGCCUGGACCUGGGACAGCUUUGGGACGCAUACCACUCCAAGCACGGCGGGUACCCCAACCUCCGGCUGCUCAAGAAGCUCGAGCAGGCACAGGUGGUGCGACUGGAUCGGCAGGCAAGCCGAGUGCGGCUUUCGGCCCUGCACUUGGCGGCCAGGGACGUUGUGGCAGUCUUGCGGGAAGCGCCGAACCAGGCCAUGACACUACCGCAGCUGGAGAGAGCCUUCCGUAGUCGGUACGUUGUCGCAUUACAGCCACACCAGCAUGGGUUUGCGAGCCUGGAGGACUUGUUUCUUGCCCUGCCAGAGUACUUUGUCCUUUCGGGACCAAAGGACAGGCGUACACUCCGCCUUGCGAGGGAUACCGAGGCCUUUGAGAAGUCGACGGUCAAUCCAACGGACCCUCCCGAAUCACUACUGUCCUUCUCGGCAGUCGCACCGCCGUCGACGGACCCCGGCUUUGAACGGGAACUGCUGGAACUCCGGCUCUCGCCCGAGGAUCUGCUUAAUGGUCCGAUUCCAAGCUGCAUUCCGUCGCCCGAACUCAGCCCCGAAGUUCCUCCGUCGGAGGGCAUCCAGUCUUACGGAGCGGCGCGCGACCUCAUCAAGUUCGAUCCGCCUCCGGAUGGUUCUUCGGUUUCCACACCGGCAUCCGAGCCGGCCUGUGAGCCGAUGAAGCUCUUCGAUCCGGUCGCCGUUCCUACAAGUCCAGUCACGAAUGUUUCGACUUUGUCGGACAAUCUCUCGGAAGCCGGAUUUCACCCGACACACAACUCAACCGCCAUCUUUGAUUCGGCUUCGCUGUCGACGGGUGACAGUUGCAGUCCAUGUCACAAGGGGAGACGGAUCGCUGCAAAUUUUCCCAUUCCAUUGGAAUUGUAGAAGAGUUCCUUUGACACAGCAGCGUGCAAUCCUCUGACACUUAAAUUGUGAUGUUUGUUUUACUCUUUUUAUAUGGUGGGGGUUGCAACAUUGGGCUGUGAUAUUUUUUUUCACAUUGUGUUUCAUUUAUGCAUUGACUUCACUGCUAGGGAAUACUGUUUGCACACAAAGACGGUGGCACUAUUAUAGCAAAUUUCUCUCGCAUGCAUUUUAAUGUAGCAGUGGCACUUGCUCUCGUGCUAUUGCUUUUAAUACGGACAAAAAAAUUCACCACCAUCGUCAAAAACCUUUUUGCUUUUUUGAAAAUAUCAUUUUCUCAGCCUAUCAUUGUUGUAUUUUAAAAAGGGAAACAUUUAUUGUCACUUUGCCCCCCCAAAAAAAAGCUUUCAAUGAUUUACUGAAAUAUUGUUUUUUAAGCUGACUUAUGUUUUAUCGAGGACAACCAAUUUAACAAUACCGUAUUUACUCGCGCAAUGAACGCACCCCCCAAGUCGGCUCUCAAAAUUUCGACUUUUUUUUUCACUUGCGUAAUAAACGCACCCCCAACUCGGACGUCAAAAUUUUAACCCCUCCCCCCACGCACUACAAAUUAACACACUUUUCUAUCCUGGUGCAGCAAGGUCGCGAAUGCAUGAGCAGCGUGGGCAAACAAAACGCCUUGCAAAAGGCGUUAAAAAAAUUCGCAAAGAUCCAACGGAAGCAAGAAAAAAAACAUGGAGAGGAGCUUUUUUUUUUUUUGCACAGCGCAGUCUGGACUUUGGGUUUGCGCGCUGCCGCGCGCAAGAAGGUAAGAAAGAGAAGUGGAGAAACGCUCAAAGCGAACAAAACAGCUUGCAAAAGGCGAAAAAAAACAAACAAAAAAAACAGAACUACAAAAAAACAAAGAAGAGCUUUUUUUUUUUUCUUUCUUUCUUUCUUUCUUUGUAGAGCUCAGUUUGGUUAGGGGGUCGCACGCACGCCACGCGCAAGGAGGUAAGAAAGAGGAGCGGAGAAGCCCUCCAAGCAAACGAAACAGCUUGUAAAAACCGGCAAAAAAAAAAGAAACAAUUAUGAAAGUGAGAAAGAAACAGAAAAAAAGAGCUUUUUUCUUUUCUUUUUUUGUACAGCGCAGUUUGGUUACAGGGGUCGUGCUGCGUAGGGCGCGGCGGCGUGCAAAGAGAUAAAGAUAAGCGGAGAGCCCUCGCCUAAGCAAAGCUUAAGCAGACAAAACAGCUUGCAAAAGGCGGCAAAGAAAGAAAAACAAAAAAAAAAACCACCCAAGGUAUUAAAAGAAAAAAAAAAAGAAACAGGCUUUUUUUGUUUUUUUCGCACAGCUUAGUUUGGUUACUGGGUCCUGCGCUGGGUGCAAAGAGAUAAGAAGUUGCUUCAAUUUUUCAGGAGAAAUGGUCCGUUCAUUAUGGGAGUAAAUAGGGACGCAAAAAUUUACAAUUUUACUUCAGGUAAUGAACGCCCCCCUCAACUUAGCAUAGAUUUUUCGGAAAAAAGUGCGUUCAUUCUGCAAGUAAAUAUGGUAUCUUGCCAAAAUUUUGUUGCGCAUUUCUGAGAACAGUUUUUGUGAGCAAUUUGUUUUUUUUUCAUUUUAAAUAUAGAGACCUAAUUUUGUAUCACACUGCCAAAAAAAAAAGUAGUUAAUUUGUGAAAUGCUACCGUGUUUGUAAGAUGAUUGUAAUGUUUUAUCACAGGAAAAUCCUAAUUACCAUAUUGCAAUAACAAAUUGGUUUGCAUUCCUGGAAACAGUGUUGUUUGGGAGCUGAUUGUUGCAUUUUCAAUAUGAAAAAACUAAUUUAGUGUCACACUGCCAAAAAAAAACUCAAUGAUUUGUGGAGACUUGAUUAUUUGUUAAAGUUGGUUCGUAAGUCUUACUACUGGACGAGUUUGUUGCACAGUCAUCGGGUGCCUUCCAAUUGUGGCAAGCUGAUAGCUUUCUGUAACAAUGUUAUCGCUGCAGUUGCAACUGGGAAGGGGCAGUCUCCUACUCAAAACUUUUAAUGUGCCUGAAUACGGCCUGUAUGUUUCCUUUAAUGAAAACACUUGCAGCGUAAUAUUUCUCUCGAGCGACUGAUUUGAGCAGGUCUGAAACAUGCUUCCAUCUCGUCUCGCAACGUAGCAGGAAAAGCUUAUUUUGGGGGGAAAGGUAAUUUAGUAGCGUACCUGUCUUCUUCAGGCACUGAAAAAGGAGUUAAGGGAAUAUAAUGCCAAAAUAUUCAUAUGUCCUCUCGAGUGGAAUGAGGUCACAUGUAAAACUUACAGGUCAAGCAAGUAGCCUAAAAACCAUAAUAUGUAGUGCUUUUUGUUCUGCUGUAUUCAUUUCACAGCUUUAAAAAACGGGGACCAAAGUUUAAAAAUUGAACGACUAGCUGAUCAAAUAUUUGGGUUACUAUAGUGUAGCUUCUUUUGCAGGGGUGACAACAAAAAGCUCUGAUUGGUUGAAGGAUGGUGGGUAGAGGCAGCUCUAGCCACUCUCCUUGGGCGUUCUGACGCAACCCACGCGAAAGAAGCAAACUCCGCACAGAUGUGUUGAGCCUAUUUUGAGGCAAAUCCACGACCAUGAAAAUUCCCAGCUUUUAGACCUGACUGCACAAGCUUUGUUGAGUGCUGUCCUGUCAUUUUGUCUCGCAGUGUUCUUUUGUGCUCCCACUUAAGGGUAGCCAAUUUGCGAGAGGUCAUUUGAAGGACGUGUCUUGUAAUGAGAGCACCUUGAGUCUUUGCAUCGGCUUUACAAGUUUAAAACUUUUCUUUACAAUAAAGUUGAUCUUUGAUACAUUGGUAAAGAUGGUACACAGAUUUGACGGGUCCUUACAUAUGUUUUUUGCUAGGUAACAACUGCAGUUUGUAAUGCUGGGAACAUAAGAACUGCCGUUUGUAAGUCUGGAAAAUUAAGAACAUCCAUUGGUAAAUGGCAACAAAAAAAAAUGCAAUUUGUAAUGCUAUCAAUGUAAGAACUGCAGGUUGUACUUCUGGCAACAGAAGAACUGCAAUUUGUAAACAUGUUGAAUUAACCUGAGACUGGAGUAAAGAAGAUACAUGAAAUUGUAGAAGAGACCGAAACUAGACAGGAUGACGUCUCAUGAUUAGCUAACUCGUUAUCGUUACAACUUGUAAUAAUAGCAAUAUUAGAACUGCAAUUUGUAAUGCUGGUUACCGACAAAAUGCAGUGCCCAAUCUGGUGAGAUGCACUGGGAGGCCAGAUGUGCUAAAGAGGGGUUUUAUUUUUUGGGGUCUCAUACUGUCGGUAGCACUCUAGUCUGGAGCACUGCCUCGUGCUUUCAGCCUUGGUUAAUGGUUGGUUGCACGAUUGGGUUCUUUGAAGUAGCCCAGUAGCAUGAAGUAAACAGCGAUGAAUGAAAUCAAGGGAUUGUCCAGGUUUGGCUGAGGGCCUUGUAGCCUCCUUUGUCAGCUGGGCAACCGCGCCUGCCGUAGUGGCUUCAGGGGUCAGGAGAGGGGAGCUUUUUUCAAUUAGAAGAAUCUCGGGCUCAAAAGUGCCUGGAUGGGACCGAGAAUAAGUUUUACCAAAAAAUGAAAUAAAAUUGGUGGGUUUCUUUUUUCCAUGGGAA